AACACGAUAAAGAAAACGAAUGAUGUGGGUUCAUAAUGCAUUUGGGAAACUUUGUAUUUGAAGUUUUCACCCCAAAAGAAAUUUGUGGGAAGAAGGGUCAGAAGAGAGUGAUCCAAUGCGACCCAUUCAAGAUUCCCCAAUCCAAUUUUUGCGUUGUCAAUUCCUACAUAUAUACAUGCUCUUUCCCAAAUAAUCCAUCAAAAGCUAUAGCCUUCCAUUCUCCCUCUCCAUCUCUCUCGUUAUUUCGCAACUUAGCGCUGCAAUGGCAAUGGAGGUUAAGGUGUAUUGCAGAAAGAAUAAGACGGAGAAAACCCGACAAAUUGAUCACAUACCCAAGUGUUUUCAGCUUCCGAGAAGUGCUUCUACAUCCAAACCUCGCACUGAAUUCUUUCUUCCCAUCUGUUCCUCCAAAGAUAUAGAGCUUCGAGAGAUUCAGACAAGUGUCACUAUGGGGAGGUUAAAUAUGUCAAAUGACACAAUAAGGCGUACAAAUACAAUUUAUCCAUUUUUUAAAUCCAUUGAGUCUGAAAACAAUGUUAAAUCAUUUGGUCAAAAAGCACAUGUUCAACCAUGCAGUAACAGAAAUUAUGAAGAUAGAAAUGAUGCAUUGGAUUUGGAGCUGAAUCCUAAUAGAUCACAACCAACAGAAAUCAGGGAAGUAUCCACAACUCCUGGAAGUGCUGUUUGGGCUAAAACACAUGAUCAAAUAGAAAGGGAUAACUCAUCGAGUUCAGGUAGAGCAAGAAGCAAGCGUGAAAGAAAACCAAAAGUCCAUUUUGAUGAGGUCAGUUGCCCGUUAUAUACAUCAAGAAAAGUUAGAAGGUUUAAAAUAAUGCGAUCUCUUGGACUUGCUGCACCUGUUGGAUCACCUUUUAGCUCUUCAUGAAUGAAUCCAAUUAUUAUAAUUUACAAUUGAUAAUUUAUAAUACAAGUGUUCAGUUUAUUGUUAAGUUGAAAAUAGGAAUAAGUUUUUUAUGAACACAAGUAUAGAAACUAUGGAGUAUGUAUAGUUGCUGCAUUUUUACUCCACAUUGAGUUAAAUUUUAAGAAUCCAUACUAAAUAUUUGCAAGAUAGGUUGAAAUUGUUUAUAAUCUUUGAGG